AUGGUUUUUGAUCGCCCCACGGCCCCGACCCCGUCGAAACUGCCCCCGCCGCCUACGCGCCCAUCCAUCGCCCAGACUGUCAAGGCCGCCGCCGACCCGGGCUAUACGCGCCUGCACAUCACCCCCUUUGACGCCGACUUGUUGAGCGUGGUCGUCCCCGCCUCUGCACGCCCCAGCGCCCGCAACGUCUCGUUUCACAGUCUGCAGACGUUCCCCGAGAAGCGGUACGGGUUCGUUGAUUUGCCGACCGAAGCGGCCGAGAAGCUGCGGCGAAAGCUCAACGGCGCCGUCCUCAAGGGCGUGAAGCUGCGCAUCGAGCCGGCGAGGCAGUCGAAUCAAGAGGCGGAAGCGGCAGACACACGUGCCACUAUGUGCAAGUCGGACCUGACGUCGGACGAGCGGCAGCGCAAAGAGGAGGAGCGCGCAGCGCGCAAGGAAAAGAAGCGUGCCGACAAGGCGCGGGGCAAGACGAGUCGCAUCCCGACAGAACGUGAGGAGGUGGUGGGCGUGCAGCUCGAAGCCGGCCGGCAGGUGAAGCGCGGCUGGACCGAACCCGAGUCGGCGGCCGAGUUGAGCAACAAGAAGACCAACUGGAGCAAGGACAAGAAGGACAAGAAGGAAAAGGGCAAGUCGACGAAGAAGCGGGCCGAAAAGUCCGAGUACACAGACAAGCCUGAGUGCUUAUUCAAAACGAUCCUCCCGGCCAACAAGGUGGCCAUGCCGGCUGUUCCCACGCCCAAAGACGGCGAAGAAGAGGUCGACAGCCGGGCGGCACGGCGGGCCCGGAAAGAGGCAAAAAAGGCACGCGAGGUGGUCGUGCACGAGUUUGCCAACUGGACACGGAUUCCGACGUUCCUGAAGAGUGGCGGCGCCGGCGGCACAAACGCUGGCAACGCCAACCUCGAGUAUGUCGACGGCAAGGGCUGGGUAGAUGAGGCGACGGGCGAUGUGGUGCAGCCGCUCAAAAGCACGCGGCCCGUGACAGUGAAAGGCGUAAUCACCAAGGAAGCACAGCUCGCAAAGCGGGCCAAGCUGGAUGCGGUGGCAGCGGAUCGCGCCAGGGCCUGGAAGGGCGAUGAGGCGAGCGAGAGCGAGUCCACUGGCUUGGGCUCGGGCUCGGAGACGAGCAGCAGCGGCAGUGAUAGCUCGGAGGAGGAUGACGAUGACGACGACAAGGACGAGGACGAGGUGUCCGACCCCAAAGACGAGCCUGUUCCUUCGGCCGAGGAGGUGACCCUGCUAUCACCAACACGUCCACGCUCCUCUGGCUCUGGCAAGAACCUCAUGAUCAAAAUCCCACCGCCGCCAACGUUUGCGACGCCAUCCACCCCGGGUCCCAAGAAGGAGGUGCACCCUCUCGAGGCGCUGUACAAGCGCGCCAAGCCGGAAACGGACGCAGCCAAGCAGGCAGCAACGCCGUCGGCCGGCAAAGACAAGGAGCAGCCGUUUAGCUUCUUUGGCGGCAUGAACAACGACGACAUUGAGGACGAGGAGGGCGAUUCCAUGGACGUGGUCACUGUCGAGAACAGCAAUAGCAAGGACAACGAAAACGAAAACGACGACGCUGACCCCCAGCCGCCCAUGACGCCGUUUGGCCGGGCCGAGUUUGAAUGGCGGAAUGUGCGCAGCGCAGCGCCGACACCAGACACGGCGCAUCCGAGCCGGAUGACGAGCAACUUCAAAUGGCCGACACCAGGCGGUGCCAGCGACGAUGAGGGCGAGGAUGACGGCGCCGCCGACGAUGACGACGACGGCGACGAGGACGAGAAAGUGGAUGGCGACAAGGACCAGAAGGAAAAGGCUGCCGGCGAGGGCGACUUCCAGAGCUGGUUCUGGGACAACCGCGGCGAUCUCAACCGGUCGUGGAAGCGGCGGCGCAAGACGGCGGCCAAGGACAAGCGGUACCGCGAGAACCGGGCGCGGGCUGAGCGGGCAAUUUAG